AUGGCAAACUCCUCUCAACCUCCUAUCUCCGUCCUUGGGCUUUGGUACAUGUCCAUCGAAUCCAGCUCGAGUCAUGUUGCACGCACAUAUGGCCAGCAGUCCAAACUCGUGGACGUAGAGAUCAAUGAACCGGUCGUGGAUCUCGCCGUCGCCGUCCCCUUCGUCUGCAAUUCUUGGUACCGCGCCUCCCUCGACCCUAGCUGCUGGCACCGCCUCAACUUCCGCUCCCUCGAUUUCACGCCCUGGAGCCCUUUCUCCCGCGCCUUUGCGCUCCGCUACCGCCUCCACUCCCCCCUCUCCUUCUCCGCCUUCCUCCGUUUCGCCCUCCACCGCUCUCGCGGCGUCGUCGACCAACUCGCCUUCCCCCUUUCCUCUGUCGUCUCCAUCCACGACCUCUCCUAUGCCUCUGUCAAAUGCCCGAGAUUGAAGGUGCUGGCUUUGCCGGACAACCUGAUGCUGGAGGACGACCUUCGAAUCCUGGAGCUGGUGCGGCGGUGGAAGGAUCUGGAGCAUCUGGAGAUGCAGACCAAGCCCUCCUCGUUCUUGGAGGCGGUCGCCGAGAUCGGCCGUAACUGCCCGCGAUUCGUCGGGUUGAAGGUGUACAGGCUAUUCGGGCGUGAGGACGCCAAGGCCCUAGCGCGGUGCCUGCCGGAGCUGAAGCACCUGGAGUUGAGCAAGUCCUACUUGACCAAGGAUGAGCUGUUGGUGGUCAUCGGCGACUGCCGGAAGCUGGAAACGUUGACCGUAAAGGAUUGCCUCGGAUUCCAGGCGGACGACGAGAUUCUGAAGCUGGUGUCGCGCAUCGAGUGGUUCGAGCACGAGGGGUCGACGCUUCUCGAUGAUUACGGGUACGAGACCGAUGAGUCAGAGCAACAAACCGGAUUCUUCCACCGGUGA